UCUCGAUUUAUGUUUGUGCUCAGUUCAGGAUGGAUGUGAAACAGCGUUGUGUGAGGCUGUCAGUAAAGCCAUCCAGAGGACUCGUGGAUGAAAAGUUCAUCAUCGUGGUCCAGAAUGUCUUUCCUGGUUCCUACCUUACCAUCCACGCCCUCCACCAGAGUGAGGAUGGAAACAGCUGGGAGGCGUUCGCUCACUACACCGCUAACGCCACUGGGACUGUGAACGUAUCAGAGGAUCCCAGUCUGGGCGGGACAUAUUUGGGGGUUGAACCUAUGGGUCUACUGUGGAGCCUCAGACCAGUUCCAGGCAGCAAACCUGGGCUCAGGCUGAGGAAGAUCAACGUCCAGACUCCCAUGGAGGUCACAAUCUCUUUGUACCAGGGUCACCAGACUGAAGGCUUCCUGGACCAGGUGCCUCUUGCCAGUGUUGUGGUGGAGCGUUGGUACAUGGCGCCUGGUGUCCACCGUAUCCCGAUCACAGAUUACGGACUCAGUGCUGUCCUCCUCCUGCCCCCAGGACCAGGACCUUUCCCUGGCGUCCUGGAGUUGUGGGGGGGUGGAGGGAAGUUGGUGGAGUACCGUGCAGCGCUGCUGGCCUCCCACGGCUUUGCAUCCCUGGCCCUCGACUACCUGACACCUAAAAUCACCAUGGAAACAGGGAAGAUGGUGGACAAGGAGUACUUUGAGAAGGCUUAUAAAGUUCUGGAGCAGCAUCCUCAGAUCAUUGGAAGCAGGAUCGCCAUGUUGGGUAUUUCCUUCGGCACCAGUAUUGGCUUAAGAUGUGCUGUUUACUCCAAAGUUAUGAAGGUCAGGUGUUUAGUGGGUAUUGGUGGGAUUCACGAGCAGCCGUUGGACGGGACGAUAGCGGACAUCUUGGCUCACCAUCGUAAAAACGCUGCAAACAUUCACUACAACGAGGCGAAUGAGUUGAUCUGCCGUGAUAUGAUGCUGCCCAUCACCACAGACCCUGCAUUCAAGGUGGAAAUGAAGGAGAUGAUGGAGCGGGCGGGGAACAGCCACCUGCUGACCAUCCUGUCGUACCCGAAUGCUGGUCACCUGAUCGAGCCACCGUACAUGCCGCACACCAGAUCCAGCCUCUACAGAGGGAAGAGGAUAAUAACUCUGUGGGGCGGAGAGAUGGUGGCGCACUCUCGUGCUCAGGAAGACGCCUGGAGGAAGACGCUGGCUUUCCUGAGGGAGAAUCUGCUCGGGGGCAUAAAACCUGCGGUGACCUCAUUAUCACGCCUGUAACACCAAGUCACACUGAACCAUCACUACCAGAACAUUUAUGAAAUAUACAAUGAUGGAAUGAUGUAAGCUGGGUCAGUCAGUUUAAUUAAAGUCAUGCUGAUGGUUUAACAUUAAUGAGUUACAGAUUCUGACCUUCAGAAGGUUUUAAUCCAUCAUAAUCACAUAUGCAGUCAUUUGUAUCCUGCGUUAUUUUUUAGAGAUCACCACAUUUCCAGCUGGGAUCGUGGCACGAAAGGUGGUUGAAAGAUGAACAGUUUGUUCCUUUUCAGCAGGGAGUUUGCCCCCAGCGGUGUAUUUUAAGCGAAUCGUCUUCAUCAAACCAGAACCAAGUGGUUUUUAUGCCUAAACGUAAUCAUACACUAUCCACAAGACAUUAAGUUUCAACAUACCCACUAAAUAAUAAUGUACAAACAUAUUGGUGGUUUGCAUAAACGUACAAUGCCAACACUUAUUCUGACGAUUGGAUUGUGAAGACAUCACAUUAAGUAGCAUUCAUCCCUUCAAGCAGAGAUUGAAUCAACACCUACUCAGCAUGAGACUGCAGCCCUGAAGCUCAAGGACUUCAAUCACACACAAAAUAAGCCUCAUAAAUAUUCCUGAGUAGCUGCACAUCAGUGAUGGCGUUCUGAACAGUGAUCAUGAAGCUUGUAUCUAAAAAAGCAAAAUAAAAACCUAUAUAUC